GAACAAUUAAAGCACUUGCGUGCAUGUUCAUCAAGUUCUUAAAAGAUGUUGAAAAUUACCAUAUUUUUCCUUCAACUACUUUUCCUUCGUAAUUGUUCAUUACAAGCAACGGCUGAUGAAGGAUUACAAGAGCAAAGCAACUAUCAAACUUUCAUCGUUUUCACCAAGAAGCCAGCGGCUGGAGUUUCGUUGCAGAAUUGGUAUCAAACGUUUUUAACAUCAACAGCAACUAUAGCCACAAACUCAAACCAACAGCCUCAAAUACUCUACGCAUAUAGAAAUGUGGUCGCUGGUUUUGCAGCAAGAUUGACAGCAGACCAAGUGAAAGCCAUGGAAGAAAUGGAAGGCUUUCUUUCUGCUCAACCUGAAAGGAUAUUCCCUUUACAUACUACUCAUACUCCCAACUUCUUGGGUUUAACCAUAAACCGAGGAUUGGGAUUUUGGAAGGAUGAUUCAAAUUAUGGCAAGGGUGUGAUAAUUGGCGUUGUGGACACUGGAGCUUUUCCUGAUCAUCCUUCGUUUAGCGACGAUGGUGUUCCUCCUCCACCGGCUAAAUGGAAAGGCAAAUGUGAAUUCAAAAAGACAGAGUGUAAUAACAAGCUAAUUGGGGCAAGAGGUUUACGAAGUUCCAAUACAUCUGAGCCACCAUAUGACAAGGAAGGCCAUGGAAGCCACACAGCAAGCACAGCUGCUGGAAACUUUGUGAAAGGAGCCAAUGUGUUUGGAAAUGCUCAAGGCACAGCAGUUGGCAUUGCUCCUCAUGCUCAUUUGGCCAUUUACAAAGCUUGUGCCGAGAGAAGUUGUAAAGAGACUGACAUUUUGGCUGCAAUUGAUGCUGCUGUUGAAGAUGGUGUGGAUGUUCUGUCCAUCUCCUUGGGCGAUGGCAAAGUCCAGCAAACACCUUUCUAUAAAGAUACAAUCGGAUUGGCUGCGUUCACCUCAAUCCAAAAGGGAAUUUUUGUAAGCUGUUCAGCAGGGAAUGCAGGUCCUGAAUAUAAAACUUUAUCCAAUGAAGCUCCUUGGCUUCUAACUGUUGGAGCAAGCACCAUUGACAGAACCAUAAAAGCAACUGCAAAGCUUGGAAAUGGAGCGGAAUUUGAUGGCGAAUCACUUUUCCAACCUAAAACUUUCAAUCCCAAAUUGAUACCUCUUGUCUAUCCUGGUUCGAAGUGGAACAUAUCUGCUGCUCUUUGCGACAGGGGAUCUUUGAGCAACACCGAUGUGAAAGGGAAAAUAGUGUUGUGCGAGAGAGGUGGGAUGAUACCAAGAAUUGCAAAAGGAGAAGAAGUGAAAAAUGCAGGUGGUGUUGCUAUGAUUCUCAUGAACGAAAAGCGUGAUGGUUAUAGCAUCUUGGCGGACCCUCAUAUUCUUCCUGCAACUCAUGUGAGUUAUGAAUCCGGAUUGAAGAUCAAGGCCUAUAUAAAUUCGACCCGAGAUCCAAAAGCAACAAUCUUAUUCAAAGGAACUGUGAUAGGAAAAUCAACCAUUGCUCCAUCAGUGGCUUCCAUAUCAUCAAGAGGCCCAAGCAAGGCAAGUCCUGGAAUCUUGAAACCGGACAUUAUUGGUCCCGGAGUCAGCAUCCUCGCUGCGUGGCCUGUUUCAGUGGAUCACACUCACAGUAACAUUUCCACAAUGAGAAAAUCGACAUUCAACAUGGAUACAGGAACUUCAAUGUCUUGCCCUCAUCUAAGCGGCGUUGCCGCUUUGCUCAAGAGUUCUCACCCAGACUGGUCACCUGCAGCCAUUAAAUCAGCCAUCAUGACCACCGCUGACGCAGUCAACAAUGUCGGCAAGCCUAUUGUUGAUGAAACAUCUUUCCCAGCAGAUGUCUUCGCCGUCGGUGCAGGCCAUGUGAACCCUUAUAAAGCAAAUGAUCCUGGGCUUGUUUAUGAUAGUGAGCCGGAUGAUUACAUUCCUUAUCUUUGUGGAUUGAACUACACAGACAAAGAGGUAGAGAUCAUUGUACAUCGCUCAGUUAAGUGUUCUGAAGUGAAAAUCAUAGCGGAGGCACAGCUGAAUUAUCCUUCAUUUUCUGUGCUAUUGAGGUCUAAGAGUGUGAGUUUGACGAGGACUGUGACAAAUGUUGGAGAGGCUAAAUCAACUUACACUUUGGAGAAGUCUGUGCCUCCAGGAAUAGGCAUCAUUGUAAAACCAGAAAAGCUAGUAUUCAGUAAGGUUAACCAGAAGGCUACGUACACAGUGAAGCUUAUCCCGCAAAGUGGUGCCAGGAAGUCUGGUCGAGUGUUUGCUCAAGGGUUUUUGAAAUGGGUCUCCGAUAAAUAUUCGGUUAGAAGCCCAUUAUCUGUUACAUUUGUGUGA